AUGCAACGCCACACUUCCAAUCACGGUGUACUACUAGAACCUGCAUGCGGAGUUCUGAAGAACCUGUCUGGCAGCAGUAACAAGGUCAUAUGCUCGAUUGCUGAUGGAGGAGGAUUCAAGGCUCUCAUUCCAGCCAUGAUGAACUCUCAGACCAAUGAAUGUGUCCAGACAGAAGGCUGCGGGGCACUCCUGAACCUCUCUGUUUUACAUGAGAACGAAGAGCUGAUAAUUGAAGCUGGCGGAAUUAGUGCAGUUAUGGUGGCACUGAAAACUCAUCCACAAAGCAUCAAGUUGGCGUCAAAUGCAUGCGGCACCCUCAAGAACUUGGCUGCCACCAGUGAUGAGAACAGAAAUCGCAUUGCCACAGAAGGAGGGAUUGGAUCUAUAGUUUCCGUCAUGGGAGAGCACAUCUAUGUGGCCCAAGUCCAGGAAAGGGCCUGUGGAGCCCUCAAGAAUCUGUCUAUUCUUGUGGAUUUGAAGCACUCCAUGAUAGAGGCACGUUGCAUCCAAUGCCUCCGCAACGCACAGGCGAGACACCAAAGCAACAAAGAUGUCCAACGGUACGCUGCAGCUGCACUGGCGAACUUGUUGAAAAGUACGGGUAGCUAGCUCGCUAGUCUAGUUUAACAAUCUAACGGUGCCUAGAAUAAGC